ACAACGCGGUUGCCCGAGGAACGUAUGCUUGUUCGUGGUUUGGCGAGAUGCCUGGUUUACCGGAUGAUUCAGGAGAUGUUCCUCAAUCCAUGGUGGAAACACUUGAGCUGUUUUGCGACUUACCAGAGCAGUCAUAUGAGCAGUUCCUGUCCACCUUCAUACACAUGAGCACAGAUAACGUGACUAUUGGUUGCUUGGAGGCACCUAAAGAAGAAAACAAAACCUGUUUUGUAGAGCUGAAAAAAGACGGUGUAAAAAUGGAUAGAAAGGUUGAAACAGAGGAAGAGAGUGAAGGCUUGCGUUACAUUGAAGCUUUGUGCGCGGUUCCUGGAGAGGUUAUGGAAGAAUUGACAGCCAGCACCCCUGCUUUUUGUCACCACACACAGCUUGACAUCUCCUCUCCUGAUGUGGAACACAGGACACACACUCUGCCCAGGAAUACAGAUAACCAGAGUGAAACCGAGGAGGUUGUGCCUUUCAGUCUGGAUGACACCUACGAUUAUGACAAUGUUGUGCUGUCUCACAAGUACCUUGUCAAAUCCAGCAACUGUGGAUCGUCAUGACUUGUUAGUGCCCACCACUUUUGUAAUGUAAUAGCUCCAUAGCUGUUGAGUAAUCAAAAAACAAGUUUGAAUCUUUAGGACGUUUACCAUGAAUAUUAAAGAACACAUCACGCUGAUUGAACUCUGGCUGUCCAUUUUUUUUCAGCGAUUUAUUCAUGGCUGUCCUUUCUUUUAAAGUCUGUUCCAAUAACAAUGUAGGCCAUAAGUGAAAGCAAUGACAGUUUGACGUGUUGCUGCUUUAACUGUAUGUAUCAGCACAGGGCAAAACAACAACAAAACAAAAAUACGACAACAAAAAAACAUCUGUGCAUAAAGGCCCAGGGCAUUGCAAACAGCCAGAGUAUAACAUCAACGUCACUUUUCCUGUAUGCGAGAAACUGUAGCUGCUUCUUUGGGCGACCCACUGAGUAUACUCUUGGGAGAGCAAUUAAGUACAUGCCGUUACAGGAUGCAUCAUACUGUGCUUUAUUCACUGAAACAAAAUGCUUUUGGAUUUUUUUUCUGUUUUCCCUUUGUAAGCGUUUGAAGCUCACAUUAAAAGCUGUGUAUUUCCAUCUCUGACUCAGUUGUGCCCUUGUAUUUCUAGUUUUCCAUUUUAUGACAUUA